AUGAUGAUAUUCACAUAUAUUUAUCUCUCAGAGGAAAUGGAAUCAAUCAAGUUUCAAAAGAGAAAAGAGUUGGGUGUUGUCAUCAUCCCAAUGAAGCAUAUCGUAUCUUGUUUGGUUUCGAAAAAGGCUCCUGUAAUUACAUCACUAUCAUUUAACAAUAAUAUUGUUGGAAACCAAAAUAAUAAUAGUAAUGAUAAUAAUAAUAUAGAAGAAAACAAAAAUGGAAAUAACAAUGAUGAUCAAAAUAACAACAAUACCACUACUACCACUACGUCAACGAUUAACAAUAACAACGAUACUAAAGAUACUAAAGAUAAAGAACAGCAUUGA